GCGCACCUGUCUUCACAUCCCUUGCCUGCGGGAUUUUUGUACAUUGUUUCUUUAAACAAUCGCUAAACUUCUGAAUAUCAUCACUUACAGAAAUACACAUUUUUAUCUGAUUUUCGCUGCUUUGGAUUUGCACUUCAGUUCGUGGGCUUCUGUCCCACAGGUCCCCACCCCUCUCUCUCGCGCCCCCGCCUUAGCUAAGCUGAAAACAGGAGUUUCGACGGCUUUACGUGUUUUACGAAAUCAGUAGAACAGGUUGAACCAGUCGAGCGCUGCAUGACAGCCACUCCAGGUUGUUGUGCCCUUUUCUUCGAGUUUGCACACAUCUACGUGUCCAUGUUUAAAUCCUUUUGGUCCCUGCAGCCGACAGCGGGAGGAUGGAGAGCUAAGUAUUCAGAAGAAUAUCGUUUACCUGGCGGCUGAUGUGCUUCACGCAAGCUUGUGGAAGGUAAAUCAAGUGUAAGGAGCACCUGGAUUUGAUAAGUUUGCAGAGUGGGGUGGCAGUAGUCAAAGAAUAACAGGGUUGAAAAGCAGCAAACUAUAUCCCGUGAGCAUCUGUACCAACUGCUGAGAGGAGCGAGAACCUGUGGAGAAAAUGAGAACCUUAGCUUUGCAGAACUGCUCCGGAGAUGUGGAACUGUGUGCUCCCGAGGCUAUUCUUAGUUACAUCAACUCAUUACUGCUCGUGUUAGCUGGGAAAUCCCUCCUGAAUGUAGUCAUUGUUGGACUGCGUUUGCAGCACAUGGUGAAAAGCUUUAUGGGGUACUUUUGCAUCUCUCUUGCUUUGCUUGACAUCCUUCUCUGUGUUUGUUUAUCCCUCAUUUACUAUUUUGAGGACUUCACCUUCCUGGGUUUCAGAUUCACAAAGUACCACAUUUGCCUUGUUAUUCAGAUAGUGUCUUACACAUACGGAAUACUUCACUGGCCUGUCCUUGCUCUUGCUGGGAUUGACUACUUUUUGAUGUUGCCUUUGUACACACAGCCAUUAAGCUUUGCCAGGAAGAUGACUUGCGUUACUUUGACUAUAGCCCUUUGGAUCAGUGCUUUAUUUUAUGUGUUUGUCUUUUCAGACUUUCAUCCAAUGAUGCAGGACAUGUCUCAUGUGUUCAUGUACCAAUGCCUUAUCUUUACCAGCCACCAGUGCUCAUCUGUGACAACUAUUAUAAUGUUUCUUCUGCUGUGCACCAUUCUCUACUGCCGCUCUGGAUUUAUAAGGUUGAUGAAGUCUCUUGGGAGCUUGUCUUUAUAUGAAGGACCUGCUUGGUCUUUGUCUUACACAUCUCAAUGGGAGGAAGGUGCUAUGAGGAAGCAGCUUCUCUCAAACAUCACCUUGUGCUUUCUUGCCACUUGGAUGCCUUUUUUAUUUUUGCAGGCAGUUGUCCUAUUCCUAAGGGCAGAUAUCCCAGCAUAUUUGGACUUGAAUGUUCCUUGGCUGUGUUUCCUCAACAGUUUCCUCAUUGGCACAGUGUACUGGCUCAGGAACCAGGAGGUUGGUAUGAAGAGCUCUGCUUUUCCAGAUGGGUUUUGCUACUGGAAUUUUUCCUACCCUUUGGAGAACGAAACCCAUCGUGUUUGCAACAGUAAGUCUAUAAUCACAACUGUCAUCAUUACACCAUAGUAAAAUAUGACAUAAGAGACACAGUUCUCCCAUAAGAGGUUAAAAUUACCUAAAAAUGGUAAUCUGGGUGUUGUCUUCCUGCUUAAGUGUCUAGUUGCUUAGGCAAUUGAUGGCCUGCCAUAAGUUUUGCAACACUUUGAAAAAUGUAAAUAGUAUUUAUAAUUAACACUUCUGAUAACAUAUAUUUGCAAUCUCCUUUUCCUGGGACUUCAGAGUGAAGGAUGCAAAUUCAGUUCUGCAUUGAGUUAAUAGCACUGUAAGAAGCUUGCGGUCUAUAAAAAAGUACAACUGCACCUAUUUUACAUACAGUGUAUUUUCAUGAAUAAAUAUUUUUCUGCACA